AUGUCUGGUGUCGAGGGGGUUUUUGGCAUUGCCGCCAGCGGAGCCGGCUUGCUCUCGUUGAGUAUUCAGCUCUUUGAAAGCGCUGCAAAGCUGCAACGGAUCUACCAUGCGGCCAGGGACGCGCCGCGAACAAUUUCACGACUCCUAUUCGGCCUCGAGACAAUGGCCAUGGCGUUACGGCAACUCGAACAAUACCGACAGCAGAGAACUGCAAGCGAUGCUCUCCUCGCGCGCUGCAUUGUGGAAUGCGAAUUGCAUAUUUGCGAAAUACGGCAAUUAAUCGACAAGAUGGAUGACCGUUUAUCAAAAGCCGCCAAGAUAAGUGGCAGGUUAUAUGCCGCAUUCAAACACCGUGAUGUCAAAGAGCUGCUUGACGGGUUAGAGAAGGCGAAGAGCUCACUUGAACUUGCAUACAUGAUGUACUUGAACGAAGAACUGAGACGGCGAGAUCAGGCGUACGCCGACAUGCUAGCUCCUCAUGGCGCUCUGAUCAAUGGUCUUCAGGCUCAAAUUUCGGCCGCAAAUGCCAGUCUUUUACAACAAUUAACACUGCUUACCCAGUCUUCAACGUUGUCGCCCCAUCACCGCCCUAUAAUGAUCUCCCCGGCGCAGACGAAUAUAGGAAGUGGACCGAUAGCCGCAAGAGCUGGAGAAAUCGAAAUGACGAAAGGGUCAGAUGUUCUAGCCAUUGAUCAAGCUAAAGGAGCCAAAGGGAAGAACACCAAACCGCGCCUCCGGGCUACUUUUCGAUUCCCUCGUUGGCUUACUGCUCGCGUAUUCGAUUUUGCCGUCACUCAGGCUCAAUGGGGUUGGUCUAUCCAUUUGCAAACAUUCCAUAACGUUCCCCAUGACUCGCCCAUCUUCCAUUACUGUCGCAAUGGUAGCCUCGAAGGAAUCCGGAGGCUCAUUGAAAGUGGAAAAGCGACACCACUAGAUGCCAUAUAUGACGGCUACAGUGGGGUGGGCGGCUGGCUGACAGUCAUCGAGGUCGCUGCGGAAAGAGGAUCGCUGGAACUUUGCCAAUAUCUCCUCGGUCAGACAAAGUGGCCAGACCACGGGACAAGGCUCAGCCGUGCUCUUGAGCUUUUUAGCCUCUACAACUUCUCCAGCCCGCAGCCUGCAGAAAUGUAUCGCCUUUUUAUGGCAGACCCAGACUUUGAUGCAGACCUCGACAAUAGUUUUCAGUAUGAAUGGCUGCGAAAUUGUAAAGAAACCGAAAGCCUAGAGGUCAUACUGCAGAAUCAAUUCUCCGGAUUUGACUGUCGCCCAUUGGAGAUGAGAUUUGAGCUGGCCUCGCAGCUUGAUGAUAUCGAUGCUGCUGGUUUUCUGAGAUGUGUGGGAUUGCAGGCACGAGACCGGAGACUCGCUUCGUUAAAGAAUAGCAAAGGUAGGACUGUCCUCCACUGUGUUGCAUCCAACUUUGAGAAACACCCAGAAUGGUUCCAUGUUGGACUCGGCGCCCUGGAGAAUGGCGCAGAUCCUUCGAGCGUUGCGGUAAUAGAAGCCGGCUCCUAUUUAGCGCCUGUAACGGUCUUCUACCCACACUAUUAUCCAGAAGGGUGGCAGGUAACGCCGCUGCAGGAUCUUCUACUCGUCCGAAAGUGGAAAUGGGAAUCGUGGUUUCGGUCGGCGGUGCAUAAAAUUCAUACUUGGGCUGAAAUGAUUCAGCGAGCCGGACUUGACCUGUGCGAGUACGGCACAAAGGAGACUGAGAUUUGGAGGUCUCUCGGUGUCCAAGGCUCCUGCAGAUCAGAGGCACAAGGAGGGGAGAUGAUGCAACUUGUGUACGGGCCCACUCCGGCAGACUGGAGCCUGAAAAUUUGCGAGCCUUGGACAAUUAAUGUGUACAGACUGCAACUGCCCCCUGGUGCAUUCAGCGAUGAACCCCGGCUUCCCACUGAAAUCGUCUGGUCCCCGGGGGACGGCGAAGAAGACGAGGGUCCUUGGAUACAUGUCGAGAGAAAGGAACGUGUCAUGCAACCCGUGGAUCUCAGAGAUUUGGUAUUCAACCAAAGAGAGCCCUUUAUCGAUCUCGUGGAUGGUUCGCAGGAUGACUCGGGCGCCAUCAUGCUGAUGCAACAUAAGGCUUCCCGUGUGGCUGAUGGUCGAAUAAGGUCCCAUAGUCAGCCACCUCGUCUGCGUCGAAGGGAAGUGUCUCAUUAUAAGGUCCACUUCCCACUCCGAUCCAGGUGGCUGAGUUUUCAUCUCUGCCCGGCUGACUCCCGUUGGAGGUCUGGCUGUGCCGAAGGGCAUUUUGAGGGGCCGUGGUUACUUGGAGGCAACGUGGAGCCCCAUGUCAACGUCAGGAGUUGCUUCAAGCACGCAUCUCGGAGGCCACGUUCGGUCCAACAAACCCUUGGUUGGCGUUACUUUAGCUUCCUUGCCGAAAUUAUCAACUGUCAGGACGGGGCCAGCUCCUAUUCUUCUCCUGGUAAGCUAGAAGGCCUGAGACACACGUAUACUCGCGAUUGCCCUCGAGGUUGCAGAAAUGUUGAUGUUGGCCGGUUGAACGUACCACAACUCUUGAGAAACUUCCAUCCCUUUCGACAGCACAUAUAUGAAGACGAACGCGGCUUCGCAUGA